GGCAUUUGACGUGUCUCCCCUCCGUCAACACAACAAUGGCGGAUGCCGUGGAGGAAGCUCUUCAGGGCAGCUGGGACCAGGAUCUAGCAGAGGCUCUGGAUUCUGGUGGCUCUGACAUGGAGAUGGAGAGAGGUGUCAUCCAGGUCCAGGAGGCUUCACCUCAACACAGGGCCAAGAUGUGGAAGAUUGCUCUAAAUGUCUCUGGAAAAGGAGACAGCCUGUCUCCAUGGGAUGGUGUCCUCGAUUUACCAGAACAGACCCUCAUUCACAAUCGCAGUCAGCAGCUAAUUGGUCAGCUCGGAGUGUCGGAGGAAGAGAGGCAGGACAUGGUGUCCGAUGUGGAGUCAGUCAUCACUUUUUACUGCAAGUCGCGCAACAUUGCCUUCACUCCGGAGAUGAGCUGGCCACACCUGCUCAAACCACUACUGGGUCUUCAUCUCCCCCGCAGUGACCUCUACAAUUGCUUCUAUGCUCUCAUGAAUAAAUAUAUCCCCAGGGACUGUGUGCCAAAUGGCCGGCCCUUCCACCUUUAUAGAUUACUGCUGCAGUACCAUGAGCCAGAGCUCUGCUCCUUCUUGGACACCAAAAAGAUCACACCUGACUCCUACGCAAUCAGCUGGUUGGGCAGUCUGUUUUCCAGUCACUGCCUUCCUGAAGUUACCCAGGCCUUGUGGGAUGCCUACUUCCAGCAGGCUGACCCUUUCCUCAUCUUCUUCCUCUUGCUCAUCAUACUCGUCAAUGCCAAAGAAUCCAUACUUACACGAGAAGGUGACAGCAAAGAAGAUAUUGUCAAAAUGCUAGAAGCAUCUCCAUCUCUCCUGGAAAGUGAGGACAUUGAAGAUUUGUUUUCUCUGGCCCAGUAUUACCAGAGCAAAACUCCUUUGUCUCUGAGAAAGAUGAAUCAGAAUCUGUUUGGUAGCAGCUUGGUGGCUCUGAAAGAGGAGGACACUGACCUGAGCCAGGCCCUGUGUCUGCCAGUGUCUGUCCCUGAAAUCCUGCAGGCCAACCACAUGCAGCAGGAUGGGGUGCGCUUUUUUGUUGUGGAUUGUCGACCUGCAGAGCAGUACAACGCUGGGCACUUGUCCACAGCCUUUCACCUGGACUCUGACCUGAUGCUUCAAAACCCUUCAGAGUUUGCCCUGUCUGUGAAGUCCCUAUUGGAGGCACAGAAGCAGUCUUUAGAGUCCGGCUCCAUCGCCAGUGGAGAGCAUCUGUGCUUUAUGGGUAGUGGCAGGGAAGAGGAGGACAUGUACAUGAACAUGGUGUUAGCCCAUUUCUUGCAGAAAAACAAAGAAUAUGUCAGUAUCGCUAAAGGAGGAUUCAUGGCCCUCCAGCAGCAUCUGGUAGAUAUGAACGUUGAGGGGCUUGACUCUUCAUACGUCCACUGGAUCGUCAGCACAUCAGGGUCCCACAGCAGCCUUAGCUCUGCAGAUGGAGAGUCUCUGAGCAGCCCUGGAGACGGCAAAGGUGUCAAGUCUUUGGUUAACAAAAUGACGUUCGCGCUCAAGUCAAAGUCAGUUAAUGUAAAGGAGAAGAUGAUCAGUUUCAUUGAGAACACUUCAACCCCUGUAGACAGAAUAUCUUUCAAUCUGCCCUGGCCAGAGAAGGUGAUCCCAGAUCGGCAUGUGAGCAGCAGUGACCGCAUAGGUAAACCUUACCGAGGAGUGAAGCCUGUUUUCAGCAUUGGUGAUGAGGAAGAGUAUGACACAGAUGAGAUCGACAGCUCGUCCAUGUCGGAUGACGACAGGAAGGAGAUUGUCAACAUUCAGACGUGGGUUAACAAGCCAGAUGUCAAGCAUCACAUUCCUUGCAAUGAAGUGAAGGAAACUGGUCAUAUGUUCCCAAGCCACCUGUUGAUCACAGCGACUCAUAUGUACUGCUUGCGAGAGAUUGCCUCACGGAAAGGCUUUGCCUACAUCCAGUCCAGACAAGCACUGAACUCUGUAGUGAAGAUCACAUCCAAAAAGAAGCACCCGGAACUGAUCACAUUCAAGUUUGGCACCAACAACUCAGCUGGAGUGGAGAUAUCAGCUGUUGAGAGAUAUUUGAUACCUAAUGCAGGCGAUGCUACCAAGGUCAUCAAACAGCAGAUCAUGAAAGUCCUUGACGCUCUGGAGAGCUCAUAAAUGGAGACGGCGUCCUGAUGGUCAGCUGUGACACGAACUGUAAGAAGAGUCUCGGUCUGCCACAACUGAAAUCUUGUCCCGCUCUCCCUCGGCUGUCCUCCCUCGUGGACAGACCCAGUGCAGUGUUGACUGUGAUGCCCUGUGUGUCUGUCUGUGUUUGGGACUUUGGAGGUGGGGCCUCUGCAGACCUGUUGGACAGACUGUCCGUGUUGAAAUACUUAGGUGCUCUGCAGUCAUCCAACCAUACUCUUAACUAACUUAUACUGUUAGUCGUUUAUUUUUCUUUAAAAUUUGAUUCAAACAUGGGAUUAAGUGACAGUGAAAUUCCCCUCUGGCCUUAACGUAGCGUACUGACCCACCAAUGGCAAGUCUGUUUGAUCAUAACUGACUGACUGAUCAUGACUCAUUUUGUUUUGACUUCAGCAUCUCAAUUCUGCUUAUUUGCUUUGUGGUGAACAGUAUUGCAGUUCAGCCAUAUCUCUUAACUUACUUUUCAGAACAUUAUUAUACAUUUAAUGACCAUUGUUCUGGUCAGGAAGUGAGCAUGACUCAACAAAAAGCAGUUUUCCUACAGUUUUUUUUUUUAAAUUUCCCUAGAAAGCAGCCUUAAAUAGAUGUUAUUUGAGGAUGUUUUUGGAUGUGUAAUGUAUAUAAUGUGUAAACUGCUCUAUAUCAGCACAGACAUUAGAAAGCAUAUCCUGAUAGUGCAAAUAUGUGCUACAGUUCCCCUCUUUCUGGGAGAUAAGUUAUUCUCUGCUUUCACUUGUGUUAAUAAAGAAUUAACCUCAUCUCAUAGCAGUCUGAUGUAGCUCUCAGAAAGCGUUUCCCUGUGUGUUUAGUUUUACAGAGGGAGGUUUGGAGAUUGUACUUAUUGAAACCUGAGCACCUCAGUAUUUUUUUCCAUCCCAUUCCAAAUUAUUACGUGAAUGAUUUCCUGCAGUCACCUGGAUAACCGCUUCCUGUUAUGUUAGCAUCUGGAAGGCUAUCGCUGUAACAGAACUGACUUGAAAUGAAUGCUGUAAAGAAGGUAUGUGCAGUACAGCUCUCAAAGGAAUGAUUAUUUGUACAAAAGUAAAGUCAUAUAUAUCUAUGUUUUCAGAUGUCUUGUCCAUUGUAUUGGUUGAAAUGAAGCAGCGUUGCUGGUUUCUAGUUUGCUUGCCACUGUUGCCUUUGGCCUCAUGCCUGUGAUGUGUGAUAUUGGCACCAGCAGUGGCAACAUAUCACAGUACUUUGCUGCUUCUCCUCUAAUCUUAAACUAUAUUUCCAACUUUUUUUGCUUUUUCGCUUUGUUCUUGCUUACUUUUGUGUUGGAGUCUAGUUGUGUCGGCAGCCUGGGUUUCAAGUGUUGAGCAAAGUUAAUGGAGUAUUACAGCUCCAGAGAGCACUUCAGUCCAGACAGGGUUCAUCCCUUUUCUCCUUUAACAUAAACAGAGGGGAGCACUCACCCUGAGAAACGCACAUCUACAGUAUGAGCAGCAUAUUGUAUGGGUCCUCUUUCACUCCAGUGUCUCAUAGCAUUCCUGUGUAACCCAUGCAUUGUGUUGUAAUUUGUAAUUUUGUGAUAUUUUUCAGUAUUCUAUUAACUGGAACAUCCUGGUUGGAAGUCUUUACAUUACUCUGUAACAUCACUGGCAAAGGAUGUCACCACUAGUUGAAAUGCAAUUUGUCUCAAGUGUAAUUUGCACCUUAAUGUACUGCUCUUAUUUUCUAAGCAUUUCUGUUUUUAAUAAAUGGAAACUAUUCGACUGCAA